AUGGCAGAAGAAACCAACUUUUCAGCAGACCAAAGUAGAAAGGCAACAAGAUGGCGAUGUAUAUCUGCUUUAUUAUUUGUGCUCUGCGUAUUACUGGCAAUAGUUGCUGUAGCUAUACUAGUCAUAAAAAACAACGAACUCAAAAAUUACAAACAGAACUCAGUGGGCGUGUGUGGCGCGAAAAUCAAAAGCAGCAUCGAUACCAGCGAACCAGACGAUCCGACAAUAUUCCACGGUUUAACGGGUCAGGAACUUCAAUCAAUUCAGGAGUACAUGAAAUCGGUGCCAGAGCUUAAUAUAGAAACAGGAACUCUGAAACUUAAUUCCAGUUACAUUAUUGGCAUUGACUAUAUCGUGCCCCCAAAAUCUGAAGUGUUAGAUUACCUAGACUCCGGUGGUCCUAAACCUGCACGUAGUGCAUUAGUUAUUAUGCUUCGCGGAGAUCUGAAUCCACCGCUAGUUGAAGAGUACCAAGUACAACCUCUUCCGAACCCAACGAACUAUGAACUUAUAAAGUACAAGAACAGACCUAAUCCGAUUCCGUUCGAAUUCCGACCCUUUACGGCUGUCGAAUUCAAAUCCAUUUUCGACAUUCUUUUGAAACAGGUUGAUGAUGAGCUCGGAGACCUGUUACAAGAGAGUUACGGUGCAACGUUUCAUAAUUGCGGAGACCGUUGCUUGUACUUCUGUCCUAACGUUGCGUCUUCGGCUGUAACAGGUAGGCAAACGAGAAUGAUGUGGAUGCAAGUGACAUAUGCAGUGGAGUUUUAUACCGUACAUCCGGUGGACUUGAUGCUUUACAUGAACCUUACCGGAUCCAACUUCACGCAGUUUAAAAUUGAGAAAGUUGUUUAUAACCGACAAUAUCGAAACAGUUUAAAGGAACUUGCAGAUGACUACGCUGCAUCGAAAGUUAAAAAGUCAAAAUUCAGAUUUCCAGAGGAAAACGAAAAACUAUUUUCGACGCUACAUAGAAGAGGAUCGCCAGCUCAGCCAGGUCAAGAUCAGCGUCCACCACGAUUGAUCGAACCGGAUGGUCCACGUUAUACGAUAAAACACCGAUACAUUGAAUAUAUGAACUGGAAAUUCCACGUCCGUAUGGCCACAUACAAAGGUCCUCAGAUUCAUGACGUCCGUUUCGCAGGUGAUCGGAUCGCAUACGAGAUCGGCCUACAAGAAAUAGCUGCAUUUUAUUCUGCAGAUGCUCCGACAUUCAGAAUGGCUCAAUACGUUGAUAGCGUUGCGUCUAUUGGUACAAAAGCAAAGGCUCUGGUGCCCGGUGUCGACUGUCCGGAAACGGCUGCGUACAUGUCGACCUGGCAAGUAGAGGAAAACGAAAAAGGAUAUUCAAGGGCCGAAAGAAGUUUCUGCGUGUUCGAACUGAACACGGGAUAUCCGUUGCGACGCCACCACGAAUUUUAUGCGUUCCGAGGAGGGUUUUACGGUGGUAUGGCCGAUAGUUGUUUGGUCGUGCGUUCGGUGAUGACUUUGAAUAAUUAUGAUUACGUUAUGGACUUCAUCUUUCAUCAAAGUGGCAUCAUGGAGACGAAAAUUAUCAGCACUGGUUAUAUUUACGGAGGUGUGUACCAUCCCAAUGAAGCUCAAUACGGGUUUGAAAUCAACGAAGGACUUCACGGAACUCUUCAUCAUCAUCUGUUCCAUUUUAAGGCCGAUUUAGACAUUAAAGGUACCAUGAACCGCUACGAAACGUUGGACAUUAAACCCAUCAACGUCUCCAAUUCAAAAUGGCUGGAUGGUCUGAACACAGUGCAAACGCAAAUCAAGUUCGAUCCGGUUUUAAAAACAUCGGAAAAGAAGGCUGCGUACAAAUUUAACUUUAAUACUCCAAAAGAGCAUGUCUUUCAUAACGAAUUGCAUAAAAACUCCAAGCGGGAGUCUCGAGCGUAUAAGAUCCAGUUAUCAGGGAUGUCCAAGCAGUUAUUGCCCGAGGAUAAGCUGAACGAAAGAACAAUCAGUUGGGCUAGGUAUCAGCUAGCUGUAACCAAACAUAAAGACGAUGAGCACACCAGUAGUUCUAUCUACUCCUCGUUUGAUGCUCUUGAUCCAAUCGUCAAGUUUGCAGAUUUUAUCGAAGAUGAUGAAAAUCUCAUUGAUGAGGAUUUGGUGACGUGGGUAUCGCUGGGUAUGAUUCAUAUUCCGAUAUCUGAAGAUUUACCUCUAACUCAAACACCAGGGAAACAUUUAUCAUUCCUCCUGUCCCCUCAUAACUAUUUCACCGAAGACCCUUCGAUGUCCUCUCGGGACCAGGUUCGUGUGGAAUAUAAGGACAAGGACAAACCCAAGGAUGGGGUGCGCGUGACACGCUAUUUUGAAUCCCCAGAGGCACAGUGUGUAGGACGAGAUUUCGACUUUGAUGCGGAUGUUAAAGAAAAUCCAGAAAAUAUUUUGGAUGUUUAG